AGUCACAAAGUAAUUUCGUUUGGAGUAACACUUCCUGACGCCUGACAUGGCUUACAGCACUGGAAUGGCCCGAGGACUGCUCCAAGGACUACACCUUGCACGGCCAAGGAAAAUGAUACAUGUCCUCAUCCUAUAAAUCGGAUCCUUCGCCCCCAAAUCAAGUGCCUUCAGUCACCGGCUCAUCCUCCUCUCCACUGCCACCCUCGAACGCACCAUGCCUUCUCCGACGCAAAAGAACACCACCGCCGCUCUCUCUCCUGCUCCCCCCCCGCCGCCGCCGCCGCCUUCUCCUUCUUCUAACAAGUGGGGCCCGUACUCCAGCGCCAAGGACUUCGACGCCAACAUGGCCACCGUCCUCGUCGUGCUCGUGUGCGCCACGGCGCUUGCCUUCGCCCUCCACGCCGUCUUCCGCCUUCUCCUCCGUCGCCUGCGCCGCCGCCUCCCUCGGCCGUCCGCCGGCGGGGACAAGCCCCGGGCGGGGACGGCUCCGCCGCAGCUGCCGGGGUCCGUGGUGUUCUCCGCCGGGGCGACCGCGGUGGCGGGCGCCCCGGAGUGCGCCAUCUGUCUCGCGGAGCUGGCGGAGGGCGAGCGCGUCCGCGUACUGCCGGCCUGCAGCCACGGGUUCCACGCCCUGUGCGUCGAGGCGUGGCUCGUCGGCCGCUCCUCCUGCCCCACCUGCCGGGCCGAGUGCCGUCCCUCUCCGGCGCAACCGGCGGAGCCGUGAGAUGGCCACACGUCUGUGGCCGUAGAAGCUGCCACUCUUGCACAGACCGAGGCCAGGGGAGACGCCCAGUUCCAGAGCUGAUUUGCUUCACUACUUACGAACUACAGCAAUAAAUUAAUUAAAGGAGUUCUGUAUGAUGUUCUAGUGAGUCUUUAGCAUGCAAUCUCAGUCUCGUAUGAAUCAUA